AUGGAGGGUGUAGCCGUCGCGGGUGUGCCGUGGGGCUGGACGAUCGUCGGCACGGCGCUCGCGGCGCGCGUCCUCCUCUUCUACCCCACGCUCAAGUCGAUGCAGAGCGCGGCGCGGAUACAGCCGUACCAGGAGGACAUCAAGAAGGCGCGCGACGCGAUGGAGGCCGCGCGGCAGAAGGGGGACAUGAUGUCGGUGCAGGAGGCCACGAUGAGGAUGCAGAUCAUUUACGAGAAGGCGAACGUGAGCAUGCCCACCAUGUUGCUCUCGUCGGUCAUCCAGGUCCCCGUCGCCCUCGUCCUGUGCGACCUCCCGCUUCUGCAGCUGAAGACGGCGGGCUUGCUGUGGUUCACGGACCUCACGAUCCCGGACCCGACGUGGGGUCUUCCUGCGAUGGCGACCGCGUUAAUCUUCACCCAGAUCGGGCUCUCCAAGCGCGACGCCGCGUCGGCCAUGUCACCACACGCCAUGAACGCCCUGCAGCUCCUCUCGCUAGUAUCUGUUGUCUUCAUGCAACAGCUUCCCGCCGGCUCGGCUCUCGCCGUUCUCGUCGGUGUCGUCGGGACCAUCAUUCAGACUGCGAUACUACGCAUGCCUGCAGUCCGUCGCCGGGUUGGGCUGCCCAUUGUCAGCAAGAAGACGCAACACCCGUCGAUGCUGCAGUCUGCGGUCUACUACAAGAACCGGCUGCAGGCGCGUAUCGCGGAAGUUGAACGUCGAUGA